AUGCAGGAUGCCGAUAUCCCCCUCUAUCUACACGCAGAAUUUCUACCAAACAUCCGCCAGAUAACUCUUUACGUGUCACUUCCCGAGACCACACAAUUUGACGGAAUUCGACCAGAUAUCCAACUUUCAGAAUCAAGAAAAGCAGUCACAGUCUCCCUACCAGAACCAUUUAAACAUGUCACAGAAACAAUCAAACUGCCCGCACGCGUUAGCGAUGCGUCCCGGCGCGUGUUGGAGACACCCACUGGGCCAGCACCAAAAUCGGAACCCAGUGAUACCAGGGAUCCCAGUCGCACCAGGAAUUCCAGUGGCACCGGGCAUCCCAGUGGCACCAGGGAUUCCAGUAGCACCAACUAUCCCGGUGGCACCAAGGACCCCAGCCACGAUUAUUCCUUCCGCAUGCAGGUCGAUCCUAACGACGAGGCGCUGGCGCCACGGGAUGAACUAAUCGAUGAAUUUACACCCUGGACAGCAGAUGAAAUGUCGUCUUCGACUCGUAUUCGUUGUCGAGAGUGUGCACAAGCUUUUCUUGAUUCCUCGCUAAUAUCCGGGUCGGUUAAUCAGGGCACAGGCGAAAGCUCUACCCCGGGAUGGGUCUGGAAAGACCUUCCAAGUGGCAACUGGGCUGAAAUGAUGGAUUUCUGGCACUGCCACAAACCUGACCCCCAUGAAGACCACGAGAAAGAGGAGAAAGACACUGCGCUCGAGAUUGAGGACCAAACCGCACAGACUAAAGGGUAUGGUGCGGAUAGCCACGUUGUGGCUGUUUCUGGGACGGUCUUUGUUGAUGUUGCUACUUUCCUUCUUGCUGAAACAGACUGCAUAGGAUUGAGAAAGGGCAAUGACGAAGAGCAAACAGCGAACAUUAAAGUCUCACCACAACGAACCCUCGACUGCACAAACUGCAAUUCCAUAAUCGGCAUGGAAGAUCCAACCGCCAAGGGAUGGCGACUUCUGAAAGCCAACGUAUCCCUGAACACAAAUUCAUCCAGCGACGCAGACAUUACAAAGUGGGAAGUCCACCCGACAGAAACAAUCGUUGCAGCACAGCUCCUCGAAUUGAUCGAGAGAGAAAGCGCCCGACGAUUCGUCGUUCAUUGUGGCCAGAAGAGCGGUCUCGUGCUUUGGGUCUUCAACCCAGACAUGCGAUACUCCAAUUCCAGCGCAGGCCAUAGUAUCAUGGCCCAGCAAGCGAUGAAGGUGUUCUACCAAGAGACUCCUGAUGUGGAUGAGCUACUUCAUCCGGAAAUCGGGAAUCCUUCGCCGUUGUCCGUGGAAGAGUUGGAGUUGCCGUCUAUGAUCUUUGAAGCGAUGGCGCAGGCGUUGACUAGGAGUAACGAGAUGCUCCCGCUUUCUGCUAGGCGGUUUAACGAGUGGCAUGUCGGGCUUUUGAGUCGGUUCAGGCGCGAAAAGGUUUGA